CGGGCGUCUUCACGUAUUUCAUGACUCACGUGAAACGAGCGGUUUGUGCCACUCUUGUUUCUGUGUGAUUUGGGACGCGUGAAGAUGAUGUUGAUAAUUUUAUGACGAGAGCGAGUGAGAACGCAAUUAGCAUAUCAUAAAUUUCAAAAAACUGUGAUUUUUUCCGCAUGACAGUUUUCUUGACGCCUGAGGUGAUCCAUGAACAGGAACAAAGAACACGGGAUUCCCAUGCAGUGAAUUUGUUUAACUCUGCUUCUUUUUAUGGAAGGAGUUGUUGUUGCAAGUCCAUAUGUGCCCGCCUUUAGCUUCAGAACAGUUUGAGGUUUGUUUUUUUAAUAUUUGGGCUACUGUUAUACCUUCAUUCUACUGAGAAUCUAGACUCGUCCUCCCGAAAAUAUCGCCUUUUUGGGAGGAUCCCGCGACGCUCAAAGCACACAAAGUAAAUUAGCCGGCUAAUUUCCCUCGAUAGUUCGGAAGUCGUUCGUAACCCUAUUCGCAAUCUACUCGCUGCUAUAGUAUAGCUUUUUGCUUUGAUCGAACAAUAUCCAGGUGUAGUGAGUCGUUCCCUCUUUUUCUGUCAAUUUAUUCUUUUGGAUUCUUGCUCAGUGGCUGUGAAUUGAGGUACUUCAGGUACUUCGUCGAUUCCAAAAUGGUAACAACAACGUCAAUCCACGAUGCUGCUGCAGCGGGCGACAUUGGUAAACUACAGGCCAUGCUCGACGAGGACGAGGAGCUCUUAAAUGCAGUGGAUAGCAACAAGCAAACUCCGCUGAUGCUCGCAGCAAAAAACGGAGAAGCAACAGUGGGUUCAAUAUUGGUACAACUUGUUUAUACUUCCAUGCAUGGUAGCGAAUAGUAUUGCACCUUAGAUGGAUUUAGAGCGCACUACAGAUCAGGAAGGUACUGCAUUUUUGCGUGCUUUUAAAUGCAAGUAAGCAUUAUGCCCAAACGAUUUUGGUGAGUUAAGGAUCACUCCGAGAUAUCCUGCUAAUCGUUCUUCUUCCUGCACAGGCUGAAUGCGGUGCGGAUCUGCAAAUACAGGAUGGAGACGGAAAUACAGCUUUGCACCACAGCUGCAUUGCUAACAAGCGACUAGUCAUUAUGCAGAUUGUCCUCAUCAAUUUAAGAGUAUCUUCUAUGGGAUUCUACUUAAGUGACGGAGUCUAGUUGUAGGAGGUAGACCUUAGUUAAUUUCAUUUUGCAUCGGCAUUGCAGUUUUUUCUUUGACGUGCCACGACUUGACUAUGCAUGUGACUUCUCUGGAUCUUCUCUAAAAAAUCAAGCAUGCUUCUUUGGGGCGGUUCGGAGCGUGACGUUCAAAACGGCGAAGGCGAUACACCAUUGCACGUAGCUUGCCGAGUUGGAGCGUACGAUUCCGCAUGGCUCUUAGUUGAAAACGGUGGCGAAAAAUCUAAAUUAUGGACUGCACUGUACUCAAUUUUGCGGAAAGAGCCAUGCCUGCGUAGUACUUCCCUUCAUCACUUUCGGGCGGGUUCUUGAUUUCAAGUUAUCACUUCAAAUCACAUUUUAUGAUAUGUAUAUGAUUUAGCAGCAUGGAGCAGCACCUAGCUUUGUAAAAAAACUUUUCUAACUCCGCGAAUAGAGAACAAUGCGGGAAAGCUGCCCAUCGACAUCGCGAAAGAGAUAGAACACAAAGACCUCGUGGAGAUGCUCGAAAAAGAGGACGACUAUGUCGAAGAAUCGUAG